CGUGCACGCGCCGGCCUGUGUGAUUGUGGUGCUGUUGGUGGUGGUGUAUGUGGGAGCAGGAGGAGAGACUCUGCAGUGUCUUGGCAGCUGCAUUAGUGCAUCUCCCACCGUCCGCGAUGCCUCCACGGCCAAUGCCCGCCUCCUCCGCGUCCACUUGACGGCACAGAGACAUGAACCCGUCGGGAGACUGAGCCGCAGGUCCGCGCCAUCGCUCGCCGUAUGCCCCGGAGACGGUCCGGAGCCGCUCAUUCACGCACCGAAGCCCCGUGACGAGAUUUUUUAAUGGAAAAUGGCGAUAGGCAAAAAGUCUUGCAGCGUCGUCUGCUUGGUAUCCGUCCAGAUGAUCUUGAUUUUCAGCGCAUCGUGGCCUGGAGCGGCGGCGCUCACGUUCCCACAGCAGUACACGAUAUCCCACUGGGCCAAGCGCAUCGAGCAGGAGAUUGACAGGGUGUUUCAGCAAAUCACUGGAGCGCAGCAGUUGAAAGGGAUUUACAAUGAAGAAAGAAGACGGUUCAGUCUGGUGAAGAAUCAGCCGCGGAGGAUUGUAGAGAAGGUGGCAUCAGAUAUAGAAAAGCUUCUGGCAAAGAAGCGCAAAGCCCUCGAUAGGUUGGCCAGUGAAGCGGAGCGGCUCCAGCGAGAGCAUCUGUGGCAGGACGGAAUCAAGGAGCUGGACAUGGCCUAUUAUGACUCUAAGGCCGAGCUGGAUUAUUAUUCAAUGGACGGAGAGGGAGAGGUGGAGAAUCCCUCCCACAUCAAGCUGGAGUUUGUUUAUGACCCAAACUUCAAGAACAAUGUCAACUAUUCCCACACAGCUGUUCAGAUUCCUACAGACAUUUACAAAGGAGCUCCAGUCAUCCUGAAUGAGCUGAACUGGACGCAGGCGCUGGAGAAGGUGUUCAUGGAGAACAGCCGGGAGGACCCGUCGCUGCUGUGGCAGGCGUUCGGCAGCGCCACGGGGGUCACCCGCUACUACCCGGCCACACCUUGGAAAGCGCCGGAUAAAAUCGACCUGUACGACGUGAGGAGGAGGCCCUGGUACAUCCAAGGGGCCUCGUCCCCUAAAGACAUGGUCAUCCUCGUGGAUGUGAGCGGCAGCGUGAGCGGCCUCACGCUGAAGCUGAUCAAAGCGUCCGUCAUGGAGAUGCUGGACACGCUGUCGGACGACGACUACGUCAACGUGGCGAGGUUCAAUGAGAAGGCAGAGGCCGUUGUUCCGUGCUUCAAGCACCUGGUUCAGGCUAACGUGCGCAACAAAAAGAUAUUCAAGGACGCGGUGCAGCAGAUGCAGGCCAAGGGCACCACCGACUACAAGUCUGGAUUUCACUUCGCCUUCAACCAGCUGCUGAACAAGACAAACGUCCCGCGGGCCAACUGCAAUAAAAUAAUAAUGCUGUUUACGGACGGCGGAGAGGACCGAGCUCAGGAUGUAUUCAUGCAAUACAACUGGCCCAACAAAACGGUUCGAGUAUUCACCUUUUCUGUGGGUCAGCACAACUAUGAUGUCACACCCUUACAGUGGAUUGCAUGCACCAAUAAAGGUUACUAUUUUGAGAUCCGUUCCAUCUGUGCUAUAAGGAUUAACACCCAGGAGUACCUUGAUGUGCUGGGGCGCCCCAUGGUUCUGGCAGGAAGUGAAGCCAAGCAGGUUCAGUGGACCAACGUGUAUCAGGACGCUUUGGGGCUCGGCAUGGUCGUAACUGGGACUCUGCCUGUCUUCAAUCUCACAAUGGACGGAAACUCACAGAAUCAGCUGAUCUUAGGCGUCAUGGGGGUCGACGUGCAUCUUGAUGAGAUAAAGCGACUGACGCCGCGCUACAAUCUUGGAGCCAAUGGAUACAUAUUUGCCAUUGAUCCAAAUGGAUAUCUUCUCCUUCAUCCUAAUCUACUUCCAAAGCUCGUGAACCUCCCUGAACCUGUGACGCUGGACUUUCUGGACGCAGAAGUGGAGGACAGCAACAAAGAGGAGAUCCGGAGACAGAUGAUCGACGGACGACCAGGCGAAAUGCAGAUCAAAACUCUCAUCAAGUCGGUCGAUGAGCAAUACAUAGAUGAGGUGUUCAGGGGUUACACCUGGACUCCUAUCAACGGCACAGAUUACAGUCUGGGUUUGGUCCUCCCGCCGUACAACGAGUACUACAUCCAGGCCGACCUGAGCGACGUGAUGCUGCAGCUCCAGUAUAUGCAGUCGUUGCUGCCCAGCUCCUUCGAAUCAUCAGGACACGUCUUUCUGGCUCCAAGGGAAUACUGCAAGCACUUGCAAAUUUCCGACAACAACACCCAGUUUUUGCAGAACUUCCUGUCGCUGAUGCUGGAUAUUUCCCCGGAAUCUGACGAGUGUGACCAAGACCUCAUCCACAAUCUAAUUUUGGAUUCCAGGAUUAUUGGGCAGCUGGCCUCUCGCGUGUGGAAGAAUAAGGACCUGAAUUCGUACGGCUUUCUGGCUGUAUUUGCAUCUACAGAUGGAGGAAUAACGCGAGUUUUCCCCAACAUAGCUGCCGACUUAUGGGAGGAAGACCCUGAACCCUUUAACUCAAACUACUACAGAAGGAGCCUGGACAACAGAGGCUACAUGUUCAGAGCUCCAUCAAGAUCCUCCCUGGACGAUCCCGUCGCUCAAGAAAACGGCACUGUCGGAAUUCUGGUUAGUUCGGCUGUAGAGGUUAAUUUAGGAGGCAAGCUGCUGAAACCUGCAGUGGUUGGAGUGAAGCUGGACUUGGAAGCGUGGGUCGACAAGUUCAAGAUCUUGGCCAGCAACGUGUCGGACAGUCGUCAGGGCUCUCACAAGUGCGGACUAUCGAGAAGCUGUGAGAUGGACUGUGAAGUCAACACUGAUGACCUUCUCUGCUAUCUCAUUGAUGACGGCGGGUUCCUGGUCAUGUCCAAUCAGAGAGAUCACUGGAAAAAGAUCGGCCUAUUCUUUGGCGACGUGGACCCUUACCUGAUGCACGCGCUCUACAACAACUCCAUCUUCACCCGGCGCCAGUCGUUUCACUACCAGUCUGCAUGCGAGCCCGUCAGCAGCAGCCACACUGGCGCAGCACCCAGAGGCAUCUCUGUGCCGUCCAUCGCCGACAUCCUCAGCUUGGCCUGGUGGACAUCCACAGUCGCUUGGUCUGUGAUGCAGCAGCUGCUGUAUGGGCUGGCCUACAACAGCUGGCUCUAUCAAGCUGAGGUCUUUGUUGACGGCUUUGAGGCAAAGGAAAGCAGCUGUGUGACCAUUCAGAGCCAGUUCUACUUCACAAACACCACCCACUCGUACAACAUGCUGCAGGACUGUGGGAACUGCUCACGGCUCUUCCAUGCGAAGCAGAUCGAAAACACCAACCUGCUCUUCGUCGUCGCGGAGACGCUGCCCUGCAGCUCCUGCGAGAUCGAGAGACUGACCCAGGUCAGGACGGAGUUUCAGGAGGAGAAUCCAUGCGAAGUGCUAAGCAAUGCACGGUACCGUAAAGGCCCAACUUCCUGCUUUGACUACAGUGCCUUAGAAAACACAUCAGAGUGUGGAGGGAGUCAUUGUCUGCAGUCCUCCAUAGGAGUCCUUCUCUUUAUUCAACUUAUUCUGCCUCUCUUUCAUCUCUGACACAAGCAAACACUCUGGCAUCUUUCAUCUGUUUGGGUUUAGGCUCAGAUCUACUGCAAUUCCGAUCAAACAGCAUUGUGCUCACGAAAAGACCAGCGUCAGCUCUUUGUGCUUUUUGCCUUAUUGCUUCUGCAUCUGUUAAUGUUUCAGGGCUUGGGUGCACAGAGAAUGUGCUGAGUUUGCAUGCUAGUUAACUAAACCAAGAAGAGCAUGAUUGAGUUUAUGCACAUGGGCCAAAUUAACAAUCACCAGGCAGCCAAAAUGUACCUUACACAAACAGCCAAGCAGCCGGAACAGAAGGUUUGACUGCGAUAGAUAAAGGCAGAAAAGCAAACACAGCCGAGUGAGACAAGAAGUUUACUAUCUAGAUGUUUCAUAACCACUUUCUGACACAAGGUUGAACAGUUAUGAAUUUAUUUUUCCUCUGCCGGUUUAAUAAAGUGAUCCAAGCUGUUUAUACAACAGGUUUACAUCGUUAAUCAUAAAUUAAGCUGUAGUACAUGUGUGUAAUGAGUGAAGUAACAGUGACGAUACCUAGGACAAACUUCAUGGUUCACGCUCCUAUUUGCUCAGAUGCUGCUUGUGGCAGUGUUGGCUUUUUGUUGGCUGUUUUGGUUUGCAUGUCCAGUCCUCGUAGUCGUGUUUGCCACGUUGCACACGCCAGUAGAUCUGGGCCUUAAUCCCACAUUCACAACAGUGUCUUUCAGUCCACCUCUGACCUUUGCCAAGACAGUUUAUUUGAACUGUAACCAUACAAAAUUGUCUCCUGUCAUCUCAAGUACAAACAUUACAGAGUUAUGUGCUCAGAGCACUUACUGUAGGUAUGAGAAGAUGGGAAAAACAAUAGCAUGAGAAGUGCCGGUACAUAGACAUAUCAGUAAAGAAACACUGAAACGUGUAGUUUCAUUGUGGUUUUGAGGAUUGUACUGUAUGUAAGGGUUGAGAGCACAUGGUGUGAGCUUGAAGCGCGUGAGAAGUUGUUAGAGGAUGUCAAACAAACAACACAAAAUCAAAUCAUCAAGCAUUAAAAGCAUCAAUUAAGCAUCAAUCUUUCAUUGAAUAAAUAUUUAGAGACGCUUGCUUAUAUAACAAUACAAUUAUAAUUGGAUAUUUUAAUUCUAGGAUUAUUAGUGGACUGAGUAAUUAACAUGCAGUGUUAUUUGUGAAGUCUAAUAGCACAAAAUAUACAUCAUCACAUUCAAUAAUACAUAAUUACACUUGUCGAUUAGUGGAAAGCGCUUUUUCCUUCUUUGUGUCAUGCAUCGCCACUGUUUGUCUGAGCUUUUGAUGCAUUUAUGUAUGCUUCUCUAUGGGGAAUGUAGCUUUUAAACCGCUUUUGGUGUUACAGUAUGUUAUCAGUGUCUGUUGAGAUUUCCCUGAUGUCUUCUUUGAAAGUGAUGAUCCUCUGCAGCAAAAUAUUAGCAUUUUAUCAUCUGUACCUCGUCACGACAAUGAACUACAAAACCUGGCACUUCAUUAAUAAACUGAAGUGAAAACAGAGAAAUGCUCCAAAAUCGUACACUGCGCAAUCUCAAACAAGCAAAUGUUUGAUAAAAUGUAUUAUGAUGUUAGCAAUCAAUACAGAAUUCUGUCAAUUGACCCAUCACAUCUGCUUUUGUACCACUGCCUUUAAGAUUGUGAUUUAGUUUGUUGCGAGUGACGAGUUAAUUUUGAUAAAAUCACAGUGAUUCAUCAGACCCUGAUGUCUUUCUAUGUUACCAUUUAAACUUGAUAUUGAAAUAAUACGGAAUAUUUAACUUUUCUUUUUGACAACAUAUUUGUGAAAGGCCCUUUUUCCCCGUCUGCCUGCUGUUCCACCCUGCAGUGCCUUGUUGCACUCGUUUUCGGUGGCAGGAACAUUUGGAUCCGCGCACAUUCGCUCUGGCCAUGUGAAGGACACACUUGAAUUUCAACAGUUGCAAUGGUUCAACUUUAAAAUGGACGUUAUUAUUUGGUCAGGGAUUAUGAAGAAGAUGCUCUUUAUGAACUUAUGAGAUAUUUUUAAAGGAGCACAACACCAGUGUGCUGAGCAGCAGCCUCUCCUCCUGCCUUCUCGUGGACAGACGUUCGUCACAACAUCAACAACGAACGCUGCCGUCCUUCUGCUACAUGUUUUUCUCUACACUGUGGUUCAGCCUUGAAUCAAAGCACAGACACUGUCCAUUUUCAUAGAUUUCUACUUUGUCCCAUCUGCACACUGUACAUUUAAUAUUUAAAGCCUGUUUGAAAUGACUCCGUUGCCAUUCGGGACGGACUGAAUCGAGUGAAUGUUUAUGUACAGUAUAAAAUCGGUCGUGCGUCUCCGCUGUACCCGAGCAUGGAGGGAACCCGGAGACGCAGGAUUAAGCUCAGCACUAUUUGGAGACCUCAGCAAAAAUACUGCUUAUAACGAAAACAACAGAAAACAAGCUUCUACCCUGAGACCUGCAGUAUUUACUGUACUUUGCCGUGAUUCAACAAUACUGUUGUACAUUAAAGCAAAGACUUUAUAGCCUACAAUAUAUUACUAUUGUUGGGGUCAGUGUUGUAGUUUUGUUUUAAAUUAACAAUAUUUAUUUGCAUGAUAUUUUGAACAAAUAUGUGUACAUAGUCUGAUGAAUAUUUUACAUUCCUGUCCACCCAGCUCUCCAGAACUGUUGGGAGAAACAAGGGCGCCCUCUGUGGAAACGUCUGGUCAUGUAAAGGCCUCAGAACUCUUUGCCAUGUGUAAACAAAUGAAGUUUGACUUCAGUGAAGCCUUCUGUAACUGUCAGUGUUUGCAACUUAGGUCCUUUGCAGCAAGAAAAAGCACAGAGAUGUUUCGUUAUAAGCAACUUACUGCCUGAUUUAACUUUUGACACUGGUUUAGGAAAAACGUGUCACGAACGCUGACAAUAAUUUAUGCAUUUUAAGGCUGUAACACACCUACAGUAAUAGAGCAGCGGCAUGUGUGGGGAAGCCCAUAUAUUAAUUAACUUUGUUUAUUGAAUACAUUUAAAUAUUGCUUAUUGAUUUAAUUCUGUAUUAUGUUCUUUCCUUGAUGAUUUAUUUAGGUAUUGUGACUAAUAUUGAACUGGAAAGGAAACUGAAUGUGUGUAAAGCUUGUGUCGGCGCAAUAAGCAGUUUACAAGAAAAUCUGCAAAACCACAAAUAUAUAUUUACCGUAUGUCUAUGACCUUUUAUUUACUGAGUGACACAUGAUAGGAAUGUCAAUGUUUUUGCUGUAACUUUGCUUUUGGUUUUGCUGACGUUGCUGUUUACGCGGGACAGUUUCCUCUCUUUGUGCCAGUCUUCAAUACCACCUCAUUUUUGUACAGGCGAAGCGAAGCAGUCAGCAGAAGAUGGUUAACUUUGUAAAGAUUUUGUCAGUCACAUUACAAAAUGGAUAUUUAAAUGUUUAUAUCUUUGGUGAUUAAAUGCUAUUGAUAUUUUUCACUUCA